UCGAAACACUUGUGCUUCGAAGCAUCGACACUGAAAGUCACACCCCUACUACUUCCUAGUGACUGCGCCCGCGACUAUUUGCUGAGCUGGAAUGAGACCAGUGAUCAAUAGCUGGCUCGGUCCGAUACACGUAGCGCUAACGCUCUUCAGAUUGCCAUACUCUGUCUGUUCGAAAGGGGCUUGUCCUAUUAAAUCCAUCAGCACCGGUGUGUCCUGCAGCGCCGCAAACCUCGGUGCCAUGUCAACCCGCCUGCACAUUAAAGCACGGAGCCCCGUCUACCCGGGAUCAGACACGCCCCGAUUCCCGGUCCCGGACGACAAGGUGUCCUGGGAGACGGAGUGGCCGGAGUACAGCCCCGUGAAGUAUACUGCCCCGCCUGUGGCGGCUAACCCCGUUUGGGCAGACCCCGACAUCGGCUCUUUCUCUCCGCGGUUCAAUGCUCUUGACGGGUCAACGGACCGGCGCAGCCACGAGGGAGAGUACCGCGUUCACGACCAGCGACCUCUGAACCCUCGGGGGCGGACCGGGGUUAGUGGGAGGGGCCUGCUGGGGAAGUGGGGGCCCAAUCACGCGGCAGAUCCCAUCGUCACCAGGUGGAAGAUGGACGAGGCAGGCCAGCGCUUGUCUAACUCAGCAUCCAAACUCCCCAUCCUGCAGUUUGUGUCCAUCCAGAGAAAAGACUGUGGAGAGUGGGCUAUACCCGGGGGGAUGGUAGAUCCUGGGGAGCUUGUGUCUCUGACGUUGCAGAGGGAGUUUUCUGAAGAGGCGCUCAACUCUCUAGAAAUGCCCGACAAGGCGGAGCUUCAUGAACGCAUCACAAAACUCUUCAGCUCACCUGGCCUACAGGUUUAUAAGGGUUAUGUCGAUGAUCCGAGAAACACAGACAACGCAUGGAUGGAAACAGUUGCUGUGAACUUCCAUGAUGACUCAGGAGACAGUGUGAGCGCCCUUCCUCUGGAGGCAGGAGACGACGCGGGCCACGUCAGCUGGAUUGACGUCGACUCAGCCCAGCCUCUCUACGCGAGCCACUCCCACUUCCUGGAAACGGUUGCUAAGGAACGCCACGCCCACUGGUGAUCAGGGCAGUGGGACGUGUCGUCACGGGGACAACAGAAACAACAUCUUCGUCAUCACCAUCCUCAUCGUCGCUGUGACUGGCCAGUGUUCUACCUGCUCCGAGUUCCACCUGACCUGCACUGACCACCGCUGGCACAUCACUGCCUGCUCCUACCCACAAUGCACCUGUGUCAGAGGGGCGUUUCGUCCGCAUUUCCCGGACAUCCACGACACACGUUUCCCAUGACUGACGGGUUGGGUGUGACGGUUAGAUUGUGACAGAUUUGACCUCUGACCCAAACUGGUGUCAUUACCGUUAUAGUUUAAUAUUUAGUGUUGAGGUGUAAGAUGAAAUUACUGAUGUGUUAAUAAAAGGCAGAGGGCCGUGUGUGGUA